AUGGCAGGACCGAGAACUUGCAGGGAUGAUAUGGUCAGCAAAUCCAGCCCUACCCCUCAGACAGCUCUGGAUUGGAGGAUUUCUUUGAAGAGGUUACCACAGCCCAGAGAGACAGACUGAGACUGCACUGGGGCAGUGACAGAGUUGUCUUAUACACUCUGUUACCUACUGGCAGUUGACCAGCAGGCCUUUGGACUUGGGACAUGGGGGCUGCAUGGGAAUGAGGUCAGCUGGAAACAGAGGUGGUGAGAUAGAGGAAGCAGGAGAGAGAAUGACAGAAACAUGCCCAGCAUGUGGGACAUCAAAGGGGUAUCUCACUACCCCCUCCCUACCCUCCUCCAUACACUCCUCCCUACCCUCCUCCCUACCCUCUUCCCUACCCUCCACUUCCCUCCAUUUCUUGUCUCCUCCCAGACUUUUACUCACUUUAGCCUCAUGUUCAAAAUAGAAUCUCCUGUAAAUGUAUCUCCCAGAGCAGGCUUCUGUAUCUACAUAUUUGGGAUUGUGGCUGCAUAGUUGACAGAGCAGUAUGCUGGAAGAUUACAGGCUCCAAAGGCUUAGGAUGCCCUUAGCCUGUCCCAAGGGAGGAGUCUCAGAAUCUGGGAGCAUCAGCAACAUGGAAGCAUCACUCUGUCCUUCCUAGCCGCUUCAGACAACAGUGGGGUCACUAGUGCAGAGACGGAGGUGAGAAGAAGCCCUCAAGUCCCUGCACACGAGGAAGAAGCUUCCUGUGCCUGCCCCUCAAAACUCUUGUUCAUAGAGGGCUGUGGGCCAUACACAGCCAGCGGCUUCUGGGCUGGGCCAAGUGUCUGGUGCAGGUGCAGGCUGGGGGUGCAGGUAUGGUUUUACUCAAAACAUGGAUGUUUAGAACUAGCCCAAAAUAACCCACAGACAGAUGCCUGAAAAGUAAGGUAUGCUUGAAGACCUAGCAUGUGGAGGCCCCUCCUGACUUCAUGGCCCAGGGAACUAAAGACCAUGUCCAACAUCCACCCAGAGCCAAGGUCAGCUCCUCACAGAAGCUGCACCUGUGAGUGCCCGACAGAACUGUGCAGUGCCUGCGGUGUGGUUUGGAUAGCAGUGUGCACCCUGGACAGCACAUACUUCUCGGUAAGAGAACCCAAAGAACUCCAGGCUGUACUGGGCAAAGGAAGCAGGUAUAGGCUGUGUGUCCAAAGUCCACGCACAGAACCUUCAUGAGACAAGACUGCAGGCAGCUGGGGUUUCUGGGGCCACUGGGGUGAGCAAUGUAGAAAGAGCAGUAGGUGGCCUGGCACAAUGUUUCAGGCCGUAGCACCCCUGGCUACAUACUACUGUGAGCCUCAAGGAAUUACCCUGGAGGAAGAAAACAGGUUAGGGGCUGUCUCCUAUGGAAAGUGAGCAUGUAUUACUUACACCACAGGCUUAGUUACAGAAUGAAUAGGCUUUAGCGGCCAACUGAACCUGCCAUUCUGGGAGCCUGGCCUCUAUUGAAUGCGCUGCUGGCAGGCUCUGCUGCUCACUGAUCACAUGGUACAGAAAACUUCAGGUCGGCCGCUAGAUGCGGGUGUUGAAGACGGACUCUGCAGUAGUCAGGAACUUGCUGCCAGUUAUCAAUUAACUGGGCUCUUUUAAAUAAAUGGAGGGUCUGAGAGCUCCAGCCUCCUCAGUCCAGCAGAGAUUCCAGAGGGCCUUCCGGACCAGCGUGUUGCAAGGUGCCCACUGUACAUCCUCCCCUCCCAGUCAUACCCGGGGCAGCUGCUCAGCAUGGCACAGGCUUCGGGGAUGGACCCACUUGUGGACAUGGAGGAUGAGAGGCCCAAGUGGGACAACAAACUCCAGUAUCUCCUGAGCUGCAUCGGCUUUGCUGUGGGGCUGGGUAACAUAUGGAGGUUCCCCUACCUGUGCCAGACCUACGGGGGAGGGGCCUUCCUCAUCCCCUAUCUCAUCGCCCUGGUCUUUGAGGGGAUCCCGCUUUUCUACAUUGAGCUUGCCAUAGGCCAGCGCCUACGAAGGGGCAGCAUUGGGGUGUGGAAGACCAUCUCUCCCUACCUUGGCGGUGUAGGCCUGGGCUGCUUCUCAGUGUCCUUCCUGGUCAGCCUGUAUUACAACACCGUUCUCCUGUGGGUCCUAUGGUUCUUCCUCAACUCCUUCCAACACCCGCUGCCUUGGAGCACAUGCCCGCUGGAUCUCAACAGAACAGGAUUUGUGCAGGAAUGCCAGGGCAGUGGCACUGUGAACUACUUCUGGUACCGGCGGACUCUGAAUAUCACAUCUGACAUCAGCAACCCAGGCACUGUCCAGUGGAAGCUGUUCCUCUGCCUGGUGGCUUGCUGGGCAACUGUGUACCUGUGUGUCAUCAGAGGCAUUGAGAGUUCAGGGAAGGCAAUCUACUUUACAGCCUUGUUCCCUUACCUGGUACUAACCAUCUUCCUCAUCAGAGGUUUGACCUUGCCUGGAGCAACAGAUGGCUUGACCUACCUGUUCACUCCCAAUAUGAAGAUUCUUCAGAAUCCACGAGUGUGGCUGGAUGCAGCCACCCAGAUUUUCUUCUCCCUCUCCCUGGCCUUUGGAGGACAUAUUGCUUUUGCAAGCUACAACCCGCCCAGGAACAACUGUGAGAAGGAUGCUGUGACCAUUGCCCUGGUCAACAGCAUGACCUCCCUGUAUGCGUCCAUCACCAUCUUCUCCAUCAUGGGGUUCAAGGCGUCCAAUGACUAUGGGAGGUGCCUGGACAGAAACAUCUUGAGCCUCAUCAAUGAGUUCGACUUUCCAGAGCUUAGCAUCUCAAGGGAUGAGUACCCUGCUGUCCUCAUGUACCUGAAUGCCACUCAGGCUGAGAGAGUGGCUCGACUUUCCCUGAAGACCUGCCAUCUACAAGAUUUUCUGGAUAAGAGUGCCUCAGGCCCAGGCCUGGCCUUCAUCGUUUUCACAGAAGCCGUCCUGCACAUGCCAGGAGCUUCUGUGUGGUCCGUGCUCUUCUUUGGGAUGCUGUUCACCCUGGGUCUGUCCUCCAUGUUUGGGAACAUGGAGGGUGUCAUUACACCACUGUUUGAUAUGGGGAUCUUACCCAAAGAUAUACCCAAAGAGGCCAUGACUGGGGUGUCCUGCCUUAUCUGUUUCCUCUCAGCCAUCUGCUUCACGCUGCAGUCUGGAAGCUACUGGCUGGAGGUCUUUGACAGUUUUGCAGCUUCUCUGAAUUUGAUCAUCUUUGCCUUCAUGGAGGUGGUUGGGGUCAUUUACGUUUAUGGCAUGAAGCGGUUCUGUGAUGACAUUGAAUGGAUGACUGGGAAGCGGCCCAACCUCUACUGGCAGGUGACAUGGAAGGUGGUGAGCCCUCUGCUGCUGUUCAGCAUCUUCCUGUCCUACAUUGUCCUUCUGGCCCAGAGACCACCCAGCUACAAGGCCUGGAACCCCCAAUAUGAACAUUUCCCCUCAAGAGAGGAGAAGCUCUACCCAGGCUGGGUGCAGGUCACCUGUGUGCUCCUGUCCUUUCUGCCCUCACUGUGGGUCCCGGGAGUCGCUCUGGCUCAGUUACUGUCUCAGUGCAGACGGAGGUGGAAGGAUGCACAUCUGGAAAGUGGUCUAAGGCCACAGGAGAGCAGGAACUGAUGAGGGGGUGAAGCCAGGGUAGACCAGCGUGGAAGAGAAGGCCUGUGCCACUCAUUACACUGUGUCCAUUACUGAGCCCAUGUGGUUAUUGCUUUCCCAGCUUUCUGUAUGAUGGAAGGUUCAUAGGCUCAGGGAAGCUGCAGGUUGUCCACUGGGCAUCUGUGUGAUGCCAAAGCUAGGUCCUGCAAAGCUAGGGUACAGUCUAUGUGGACAUGGCUUCCCCUGAAAUCUGUGUUGAUGUGGGCAGCCCUGAGUGUACUCCAUUGGCAUAGUGGCAGGACUGCAGAAUCCCUUUUCUAUGAAUGGCCUCUACAUUACUAAUUCCAGAAAUCCAGCCCUAAUAGCUGAGUUCAGGGGGAAGAACCUGACAGGCAAGAAAUCUCUUCCCCCUCCCAUAUUGUCCUGGAGUCACUACAUCUAUGAAGAGACCCACAGGUACAGAUGUCCGAUCAUUAGAGAACGCAGUAUCCCACGCCCACAACCAGUGCCACAGCGGUGGGGUGGCCACAAGCUGAGGAGGUACUGACUGUAUGAUUAACUCACCAUACAAAUUGUCACUUUAAUUUUUCAAGCGUCUAAGUUUUGCUUGUCAAGAAGAUACGAUAAGGCUAGUGGACAGUCAGUUUCCACUCUCAUGAAAGCGAUAAUGGCUUAUUCACUCACAUCUGUUCUCUUAUGGGGACUCUUCACUGCCCAGCCCUCGGCAGCCUUCUGGCUCAGCCAUGGCUCCAGAAACAUAGAAGGGCUCUUUUCCUUAGUUCCUUCAUGCUCAGAGAAGCCCCUCCCCAUCUCCCUCCUGUUCUGUUUUCUGCCCCUUUCAUCAGUGCUGUGAAAUCAUGGUGGUCUGUGAAGGCUGGGUCCCUGGACAAGAAUGUUUACUUCUGACAAGUUCCCACAGAGCCAACAACUGGUGGCUUUGUGGUGUCAGUGACUGCCCAGGCGCAGCAGACCCUGUCGUGAAGGAGAUUGGGACAGAUGCUGCUGUCCUCGGUGCUGAUAUUUUAAGUAAGAACGGUUUACAUGUGUGCAAAUGUGGCUCUUACUGGAAGCCAUCCUUGCCAUGGGCAGCCCAGAAUCCAAAGCAAACAUCAAGGUUUCUGCUGUCCACAUGCAGAUCUACUUCCCCUUCUGCCAUUGAGAAAGGCUCCUGGUGAGCAGGGGUGUAAGAGGCACCUAUCUUUAUAUAAGGUGUAUUUCAUGUCCAUAUCGUGUUUCAAAAAGGGGAUGUUGUAGGGUCCUAUUGUCAGGGAAAAACUUUCAGUGUAGGGCAUCAUAAAGCAGGCUGGGCUCUGCUAGCAUCUUGGAGGAAUAUGCCUUCUUUCAGAAGCUGACAUGGAAGCUUGUGUGUCCUGCACCCCUAGAGCUCAGAAUAUGGAGUCCUUCUUAGCCACAGAGAGCAAAGGCUUGGGUACCCACCACUUCAGAACAGUCUACUCUGCAUACAUUCUUGAUACAGCUACAGAAGUAUCUGAGUAAAAAGAAGAUGGACAGAAGGCAUGUCCAACAGGUGGCUGACAGGUGGACAUGCCGACAGACUAGCAUCCCAAAACAGCAGAGGCAUACCAACCUCUGCCAAACAGGCUGAUUUGUUUGGAGCCUCUGGUGAGUGCCUUGGAAAUUAGGAUGGCUGCCAAAGCACUAUCCAGGAGGAGGUGAACAAUAGCCCCAGAUAUCAGAGCAAAGGUACAUGGGCUGAGCCUACAUGACCAUGCCUACAUGACCAUACCUACAUGCAAGGUACCCUUAAGUUGACCCUGCCCUUGAGAAAAACAUGGGCUAGACAUGUCCAGCAAAGACUGGACCACAGACCUGCAAGCUGCAGGGCAAGUGUCAGCUUGGAAAUGAAGCUGCUGUGACUGGACUGGCCUGUUACCUCUGAGAUGGACAUAGUGCCCAUGCCUUCCUCAGCCACAUGAUUCCACACUUCUAUCAGCAUUUUUCUGUGGCCUUGCUCUAUCUAUCUAUGGCUAAGGUUAGGAUAAUACUUGGAGUGGUGUUCCUUUAAGCUCUCGGGUGAAAGGUAGUUCUGUAUCCCAGGUGAUCCUGAGAACCAUGCUCAGACAAGCCAGCUUGCUAUAUGGGAAGCAGCCCUUACAAAAGGUGGAACUGGAAAUCAUUGUGAAAGACGCCACCAUUGUGGUUGGGGAGUGGGUCUGCAGAGGGGACAGGCUGAUGUGUCUUAGCACAGAGAACAAGUCCCGCUUGGGUCCUUUCUUUCGUGCUGUGUGAGGCAGGGGCCUGGCUCUACUGCAUUUCAGCUGCAGGAGAACAAACCACGGAGCUCACCUUCCAUAUGGCAACAUGGCAGGGAUCUAUUCCAGCCACACAGGGAUAUAUAACAAACUCUACUAACCAGGAAAAUGUGCCUCCAUUUUUUUGUGGCCUUUGUAAACUGAGUCUUGCCUGAAGAGGUGUAACCCAACUGUGAGGUGAGGACCCCAUGCAGCAGCUUGGGCCACUUGGGAGCUUGGGAGCUACAGCCACCCCAUUACCUUAUCUGCAUGAAUAUCUUGCUGAGGUGAGGGAGGUUGGCAUACAGAAAGUGUAAGAGGGCCUGUCCAAGUUUGUGGGCAACUGUUCAGGCUGGGCUACUGGUUCUGUUGUCAGGAAAACUGGAGUUCCCUUUAGGUUCUUGGUCUCGUUAAUAAAAUAAUUAAAAAUGAACUCAGAA